CAGAAUGGCUAAAGUAAAGGCUAAAGAACUUCGAGGAAAAAAGAAGGACGAGCUCCUGAAACAACUUGAGGACUUAAAUGAUCUUCAAACUCUGCGUGUUGCCAAAUUCACUGGAGGUGCUGCGGCCAAGCUUGCAAAAAUAUACACAGUUCGUAAAUCUGUGGCUCGUGUGUUGGCUGUCAUCAACCAGACUCAGAAAGAAAAUUUGCGCAAGUUCUAUCGCAAGAAGACCUACAAGCCUAAAGAGUUGAGACAAAAGAAGACAAGGGCCAUGAGAAGAGCCUUGACUCCAAACGAGCUCACUUGUAUUAGUAAGAAACAAGCCAGGAAAAUGAGAUUGAAUGCCGUUAGGAAGUUUUCUGUUAAAGAAUAA